AUUCAAUCAAGUCCAUUCGCACAAAUCGCAUAAUUUUUUUGGCUAGUAAGCCGAAAUAUCAAUAGAAACCCCCAAUACCAAAAAUAAAAUAAAAAAUGAAAAACCCCAAAAACCAGACCAUCUAAAGAUCGAGUCUUGAAUGGAACCAACUGGAAAACCUCUUCUAAAACCCGAAAACUGACUGCAACUUCCAAUUUCUAUUUCAAUCGGCCAAAAUGUUGGCAUCAGCAGCCCAAGCAUCCUUGGCAGUCAAACUACCUCAUCUCCUCCAACCGUUAUCCUCAAUCUCAAACACCCACAUGGAAGUCAUUUCAGCUGAAACCACAAAACCCAGAAACAGAAGGCCAAGACCCUUCUUUUCUUCAACCCAUUUCCAAAGCCUUAACCCCAAAUCACGAUCUUUUCAUACAGUUCUCACAAGGGUCAGUGGUAGUGGCGGUGGUGGUGCGGCUGAUGCCACCCCACAACAGUAUACUCCCACUGAUACCGAAGAAAUAAAAUCUAGUUCUUUGGGUGAUGGUUAUGUUGCCUUGUUUAUUCGGAUGCUUGGGCUGGACCAUGAUUCUCUUGAUAGAGAACAGGCAGUAGUGGCACUCUGGAAAUAUUCACUUGGAGGAAAGAAGUGUGUUGAUGCCAUUAUGCAGUUUCCUGGCUGCAUAAAUCUCAUUGUAAACUUACUAAGGUCAGACACCAGUUCUACAUGUGAAGCUGCUGCUGGUCUUUUGAGAUCAAUAUCUCUAGUUAACGUGUAUAGAGAUGUGGUAGCACAAAGUGGAGCAAUUGAAGAGAUCACUGGGUUGCUAAAUCGACCUUCUUUGUCUCCUGAGGUGAAGGAGCAAGCUAUAAGUGCUCUGUGGAACUUGUCUGUGGAUGAGAAGUUCAGAUUAAAAAUUGCAAACAGUGAUGCCUUGCCGUUGCUUGUGAAGUCCAUGGAUGAUGAGGACAUAAAGUUGAAGGAAGCAGCAGGCGGGGUGCUGGCCAAUUUGGCAUUAAGCCACUUUAAUCACAGCAUUAUGGUUGAAGCAGGUGUUAUACCAAAAUUGGCAAAGCUCUUAAGGACUGACAUUGAAGGAUCUAAAGUAAUUAGAAAGGAGGCAAGAAAUGCUUUGUUGGAACUAUGUAAGGAUGAAUAUUACAGAAUCCUUAUUGUAGAGGAAGGUCUGGUUCCAGUCCCCAUGAUUGGUGCAGCUGCUUAUAAGUCCUUCAGACCCGGUUUGUAUUCAUGGCCGAGAUUACCAGAUGGUACGGAUAUUGAACAGACUUCUAAAACUCCUUCCAGGUUUGGUGCCUCUGAAAUACUCCUUGGAUUAAAUGUUGAUGACAAGAAUGUAAACAUAGAGGAAGCCAAGAUGAAUGCAAUUGUUGGACGGACGCAGCAGCAGUUUCUUGCUCGUAUUGGGGCCAUUGAGCUGGAAGAUGAAAAGAAUCAAUCUGAAGCAACCACUGGUAAACGACUCACACUUUUGCCAUGGAUGGACGGUGUGGCUAGAUUAGUUUUGAUUCUUGGACUUGAAGAUGAGUCAGCAAUAGCAAGAGCUGCAGAGUCAAUUGCUGACACAUCUAUCAAUGAACAUAUACGGAUUGCAUUCAAGGAAGCUGGGGCAGUUAAGCCUUUAGUACAGCAUCUAGACAGUAAGAAUGAUGCUGUUAUACUGGCAGUUACUCGAGCUCUAGAGAAGUUGUCUGUCAGCAACGGUGUUUGCCAGAUAAUUGAAGCUGAAGGUGUUAUAGAUCCUUUGAUUAAUGUUUUAAAGCAACCAAAGAUCCCUGAAAUCUUGAUGGAAAAGACCCUUGAUAUUCUUGCCCGGAUCUUAGAUCCAAGUAUAGAAAUGAAGUCAAAGUUUUAUGAUGGCCCAGUAAAUGGAUCAAAAGAGGGGUCGGCUGCAGCAAUAACUGCAGAUGCAGCUCAUAAUUGUGUAUCAAAAACAAAUCCCAGGGAAAGCGUGCUCGACUUUGGGGUGAUUGCUCACCUGGUUGAGAUAUUGAAGACCACAACCCCAAGAUUACAAAGAAAAGCUGCUUCAAUCCUCGAGUUCUGUACAGUUAUUGACCCAAGGAUGGAAACCAUCAUUUCAGUGGAUGUAGAAUCUGGUUUGGAUGUCGUUUUCCAACAAAAGAUUCUUGAAGCAGACAUGGAAUCUGAAGUAGUUAAUCAGCAGCCAGAAAAAUAUGCCCUUGAAGUUGAAGAAGCUGGUCUUGCUAUAUCAGCAGCAUCCCGGUUAUUUACUAGACUGCUCGACUCUGAGAACUUCUGCCAAAAAAUAGAUUCCGCCCAUUUCACCAAAUUGCUCUGCAAUAUCCUGGAGUCUAAUAUCCCCCUUAACAACAAAGAUUGGGUUGCUGCUUGUUUGGUGAAAGUUGGUUCUCUUUCUGGUCCCAGGCUAGGUUUCGAGGACCCAAUCAACAUGGAAGUAACUCUUUACGAGACCAUUCCAAGACUCAUGGAGCAGAUCAAAACCUCUUUCUCUCCAGAAGCAAAGGAAGCUGCUGUUGUAGAACUCAACAGAAUAAUCUCUGAAGGGGUGGUUGAUUCCACUCGAGCCAUUGCUUCCGAGGGAGGCAUAUUUCCGUUGGUGAAACUGAUUGAAGAAGGGAGUGAGAGGGCCAUUGAUGCAUGUUUGGCAAUAUUGUAUAAUCUGAGCAUGGACAGUGAGAAUCAUUCGGCUAUUAUAGCUGCUGGAGCAGUGCCGGUUUUGAGGAGAAUUGUUCUAUCACAAAGACCACAGUGGACCCGGGCACUUCGUUUGCUGAGGACUCUACCUACAUGAGGAGGCAUUGUCAAACUCUGUACUUACGACAUGAUAUUUUGCUUAGAAUUUUCCAUUUUGCACUGUUCUGAAGCCAUUGAAGAGUGCAUACUUCAUAGUGAUAUGUUUUCGCUCAAAAGUUUCAUAGAUCUGAAUGAAUAUACCCUUAAAU